AUGGCGCCUCCGCACCCCCCUAGACCGGCUCCGGCCGCCGCCACGGCUGAAUCCAUGCCGGCCCCCUCGACUCGUCCCGUCAAUGGGGAGGCUCAUGCGGCAAACAUCCCCACCCCCCCCUCAGCGUCCGUCGUUCAGAACACGUCCGUGAAUCGCAAGAAGCAGAAACGCAGGCAAAAGCAGGCCGCUCGCCUUGCGGCGGAGAACCAGCUCGGGAACGGACACGUGCCGACGAGUGUCGCCGACCGGAACGGCUCCGGGUCCGCCUUACUCGAGAGCGUUCUGUCCUACGAGCCGGACUUCGACAAUGUGAAUGGCGACGUGUACUACGACGACGAGCAGGACGCCGCGAGUGUCCACCACGAUUUCCCCGACAUGGCGAACGGGCCCGACGAUCAUCCCCGGGCCGCAGGGCGGAAGUCGAAGAAGAAGAAGGGCAAGAAGGGGCGGUCGCACUCGGAAACCAUGGGCGACGAAAGUCCGACCUCGCAGUCCACCCCGUCCAUCUCCAUGUCGUCGCAUCCGCUUCCCCCGCCGCUGCCCCCGCACCUCGGCGCCGGACCGCUGUUGAAGGCCGCCAAGGACCGCAGCAUCUGGAACACGUCGACCCAGGAAGAGCGCGAGAACAUUAAAACCUUCUGGCUCGAGCUGGGGGAGGAGGAACGUCGUCAACUCGUCAAGGUCGAGAAGGAUGCCGUCUUGAAGAAGAUGAAGGAGCAGCAGAAACACUCGUGCAGUUGCACCGUGUGUGGUAGGAAGCGGACGGCGAUUGAGGAGGAACUAGAGGUACUUUAUGACGCUUACUACGAGGAACUCGAACAGUAUGCCAACAAUAACCAGAGCUCCUUUGAGAGAGGCUCCCCGAUCGUCCCUCCGCCCCGCCUAUACCAGCAACCGUUACGAUCCCCCGGCCAACACACCCGAACGCACGGUCAGUUUCACCCCUCGCGAGGGCGCAUCCACGAGUUGCCCGAAGACGACGACGACCUCGAAGAGGACUACGACGAGGAGGAUGAGGACGACGACGAAGAAGAAGAGGAGGAGGAGGAGGAGGAAGACGAGGACGAGGACGAGGACGACGACGAACCGUACAGCGACGAUGAGUUCGAGGACGAGGAAACCCGUGCCGCCCGCGCAGACUUCUUCGCCUUCGGGAACAGUCUAACGGUAAAAGACGGGAUUCUCACGGUUGCGGAUGACCUACUCAAGAAUGACGGGAAACACUUCAUCGACAUGAUGGAACAGCUCGCUGAACGUCGGAUGCAACGCGAAGAGGACACCCAGUACGGUAUCGCUGCCGCCCAUCAGUCGCUCCAUGGCGGUCACAACCAUGGCCCUUUGGACGACGAGGACUACGACGAUGAGGAAGACGAGGAUUACGACAGCCAGGAGGAAGAGGACUACGAGGACGAUGAGAUGGACGCAAUGACGGAGGAACAGCGCAUGGAGGAAGGGCGGCGGAUGUUCCAAAUCUUUGCGGCUCGAAUGUUUGAACAGCGCGUCUUAACGGCGUACCGGGAAAAGGUGGCCGAGCAACGUCAGCAGAAACUCAUCGAAGAACUGUUGGAAGAGGAGAAUCGAACCGAAGCGCGGAAUGCCAAGAAAGCUCGCGAAGCUCAGAAAAGGAAGGACAAGAAGAAGCUCCAACGGCAGGCCAAGGAGGAAGAGAAGGCCCGAAGGGAGGCGGAAAAGGCUGCCGAGGAAGCGGCGGCGAAAGCCGAGCAGGAGAAAAAGCUCGAAGAGCAACGGCAGAAGCGAGAAGAACAGCGCAAGAAGCGGGAAGCUGAGCGGAAGGCCCAGGAAGAGGAGCGCGCGCGCAAGGAGGCCGAGAAGCAAAAACGAUUGCAGGAAGAUCGGGAGCGACAAGCGGAAGCGGAGCGGAAGAAGGAGCAAGACAAGAAACGGCGGGAAGAAUCGCGGCGAAAGGAGCGGGAAGAGCGCGAGUUGCGGGAGAAGAAGGCCCGGGAUGAACGCGAGCGCAAAGCGCGGGAGGAACAAGCCCGGAAGGACAGCCAGAAGGCCGGUGUACCGGCGAAUCGACCGUCGCAUCCGGGGCUCGUCCCGAUUCCCGCGAAUCUGUACCAUCCUCAAGGGCCCCCGGGCCACCACCCAUCACCGCACACCCAGAUUGCUACGCCGAUUGUCCCCAAAGCCCCGACUCCCGCCCGACCCCGUCAACCAUCCCAGCAAGACUCCCACAGCUCCUCUCCGCGAUCCCAAGCGACCAGCGCAGAACCCUCGCAGGUCUCCGUCUCCCCGCGAUCCAUUGGGCCCAGCCAGUCCUCUGGAGCCUCAAGUGCUACGUCCAGACAGGGCCAGGGGCCACCGUCGAUGCUCCACCAUCCUCAACCUUCUACGCCGCUGUCCCCGCUGGGUCGCACUCAUCCGCCAGGGUUCCCAAGCGGCAACGGAAUGCCACCGAAUCCGCCGGGGUUGGCUGGGAUCAUGCCUCGGUUGCCAAUGAGCCAUGACCUACCUACAUAUCCCCCGCACACCGGGUCACUCAUGAAUCAGCCGCGAGGGUUCCCGGCACCGAACGGCAUCCCUGUGCCCCCGGGCAUCAAUGGAUCCCGUCAGAUGGGUCCCGGGCGAGGAUUCCCGCUGGACCCUGGCCACAAUCUUCCGUUCCACGGCCAACCGCCCAUGUCGGGUGCGUUCUCCACGCCGCCAGGUGGACUGUCCCAUGGCCAUUCCCGGCAGCCUUCCGGUUCGUUUGAGCGAUCCCCUCUCGAGGUGCAUCACACCCAGCCAUUCCCGAUCACUCGACCCAGUCCUAUCAAGCGCCCGUCUAGCACCCAGCAGGAGCAGCCAGGGGACCAUGCACGGACGACCCGUGGGGAUGUAGACAAGCUGAGUACCCAGCUGGGCAGCAGUGCCCUCCUUGAUGACACAGAUAUCCCGUUCGCAUCGAACCUGUCCCGGUCAUUGCCGGGUGGCACUCUUCCGGGAUCUUUACCGGGACCGACCCGGGCCAGCUUCGGCGCGCCGGCGCUGUUCCCGGAUCCUCUCAGUGCACCGAAACACUCUAAUUUCCCCAGUCCCGGAGUGGGCAGCAACACGUGGGGCCCGCAGAUUCCCUUUGGUGCCUCCGCCUUUCCCGGUGCCCCGUCAUGGGGAACCACACAUGGAAGCGGAUGGGCCAAUAAUGUAUUCGGAUCUGCGAGUCACCACCGUGCUCACACAUCUCGACCUGUUGCCAUCAGGCUCCUCGUAAUCCAAGCCUGCAAACAGCUCGACACGAUGACUCCAUCCAAGGGCUUAAGCGGCUACCACGACGUGAAAGUCAUUGGCCGACAAGUGGACCAACUCCGACCACCCAACGAGCCUCCAAUCUCCCUGAAGGAAAUGCUAGACAUCUGCGACACCGAGGGCAACCCGCAAAACGGCGGCGGGUCAUUCUCGAUCCGGGACGACGAGACGAGCGAGUUCGUCAAGUUCGAACCGGACAACAACAGCGCUAUGGCAGGCCACCGGGGGAGCCUUGUCCCUGGAGAGAUCGGCAGUCCCAUACCGGGGAGCAGUCUACCGGCGUUCGGGGGAAUCGGCUCGACCUCAUCUGUGCUACGGCAGUUUUCUCCACCAACAACGGGGUUCUAG